AUGGUGGGCAGCAAGAAUCAGAAUGUCAUUGACCCGGUCCUUCUGAAUCUCAGACAUCCCCAAGUCGAGACUUGCGUAGCAAAUGGGGAAGCUUCUUCGCACAGCCUCGUUCUGCCGACACGCCCAGUCACUCCUGCCAGCGCAGAGCAUGCCCCAAUCUCUUCAGCAUUGUUGACGUUGAAUACGGCUGUCCGGCGCAGCGGCAAUGGCGAGAUAUCCGAGACUGCGUCAGAGUAUCGUGCAAGACUCAAUAUGUUGAAGCAAAAGAGGCUGCUUCAAGAGCAAUGUCGGAAGUUGGGUGUCAAGUACGCUAAACAGGCUACUUUGACAAAGUUGCGGGACAUUCUUGUCACUCACAGCUUUCCUCUGUCUCCGCCUCCAUCCACUACUUCCUUGCAGACACACCCUUGUCCACAAAAGAAGGCACGCACUUUUUACGAUGAUACUCAGCAACUCGUCCUCGAGAACGCCCUCGCAUCUGGGAGUGAGAUUCACUGCCUCGCAGCGCCUGUCGGAAGCCGCGUAUCAAGCGCCUGUCCACCUCAUUGUGGCGAGCUACAUGCUGGCAUUCCUCUCUCUGUAUCACUCCCACCUGCACCUAAGCGACUGCAACCACCUCGAUCAGACACACACGAACAAUUGCCUGGAGAUGAGCCAUGGACAGCUACUUUAACUUCUGCAUCCCCUAGAGAGAAUGUGGGAGAGGCUGAUAGCCUUGUGUUUCGCACCGAAGAAGCUCCUGACAGCGAGCGAGCACUCCUUCACGAGUUUUGCGCAGAUCCUGGUGCUGCAGCUCAGCUCCUAGGACAGGACGAAGAAGCUAGCGAUGGUGAGGACGAAGAUGAAGACGAUGAGGAGAGAUCACUGGACAGCGCGCAGAUGUUUGACAAACAUGCAAUGGCUGUGCGUGUGGAGGCAAACAAGCGGUUUGAAGCCGGGCGGCGACAGGGCGGGAUCCAGGCGCAGAAAUCAUGUGUCAAGGCUAUCGACGAAUUCACCGAGUGGGCUUUGAAGUUCAAGAAGAUUCACGACAACAUCAUCAAUGAACUUUUCCUCCUCCAGUUCAUCAAGUACCAUGCUGAACGUGAGAAACGAACUCGUCGUGGUAUCCCUAUUGCAGAUACUCGACUCGGAGCAUCCCAAUUGAAGAAGUUCUUUUUUGGUGCACUUCGGGUCCGCAAACAGCAGGAUGCCAAGAAUCCAGUGCUAGCCUCAACGCGACCGGUGACGACUGGGUUGGUCUGGGAUACAAUCAAGGAGAGGAUGAGUGACGCCAUCAAGCGAGCGUACAGAGGGGAAAAUGUUGGCGAAGAUGCCCCAGACGUUGUUGCCAACACAAUAUUGAUGGAUAUCACCGACGAUGAUCGUGACAGAAUCGGCAGAGGGUUUCUUGCUCAUCGACAUCUUCGGCUGGCUGUCUUCGGACACCUUGCAUGGACUGGACAGAGCGCAACUGGCAAUCGUGGUGAUGACAUUCGCUCGCUGGCACUCUGCGAGAUCCAGCCAUACGAAAUGGCCCAUCCUUUGCAAAGCAGGAAGAAGAUCUGGUGUCUGCUUGGUCUUCAGAGCCAGGAGAAGGCUGGUAAGCGUGGUAUGAAAACGGUACACGUUGCUCUUAUGAUCUUU